UCCGUCAGUUAUGGUUAUCUGACAUUAGGUUAUCACUGUUUACAAAGAACGUACAAGAAUCUUUAUGCGGUCUGUAUUUUGUAGGAUAGUCGACUAAAGUGAAUAGAAAUAUCCGGUCUCUGAUGGGGAACGGUCAAAUUCGUUGUGCAGAAAGCUCGAGGAUCCUUCGGAUUGUCAGGGUCGCUAGAAAGUGAUAUCGAAAAACCAUGAUUUUCGACUGCCUAAGAUAACAGUGUCGUUUUUCCUUAAAAAAAAAUCGAAGUCUCGAAAGUAGCGUAGCUAUUUAAUAAUAGUAUUUAGAACGUUUGUAGUGUAGACAUUUCGUGUAAAAUGGAGUGUAAAAUCGACAACUUGCCAGAUGUAUUGUUGGAGUACAUUUUGAGUUUGAUUCCACCGUACAAAGAUCUACAAGAAUGUAAGCUUGUGUCCAAAAGAUGGUUUCAUGCUACUAACAAUGUAAUACAGCAUAACAAAGCACAUUUUCAAAAAUCCGUGGCUUGUGGAUCGUUACUUUGGAGUCCGUGGCCAUCUACACAUUGGGUGCCUACUAUAAGAAAAAGACACUCGCAUUCUGCUUGCACAUAUGAAAAUUCUAUGUAUGUUUUCGGGGGAUGUACAGCGACCUGUACAACAUUCAAUGACUUAUGGAGACUAGAUCUGGAUACACGAACAUGGAUCAGAUUAAUUACUAUGGGGAGUUAUCCAUCUCCCAAGGCUUGUGCUACUAUGUUAUAUUACAAAAAGAGCUUUAUAUUAUUUGGUGGAUGGUCUUAUCCUUCACCUUAUUCAUUACACCAGCAAUGGAAAUUAUUCAAUGAAUUACAUGUCUAUUCUAUAGAAUCUAAUAAGUGGGUUGUUGUGAAUACGCUAGAAGCACCACCGCCGACGUCAGCGCAUUCUGCAUCGAUUCACAAGAAUAACAUGAUUGUUUUCGGUGGUAUAUGUAACGGAUACAGAUCCAAUGACAUAUGGUGUUUGAAUUUAGACUCGUAUAGUUGGCACAAACAAACUACUUCCAACUUAAAGCCACAGCCGCGUUACGGUCAAUCUCAAAUUGAACUAGGAGAUAAUCAUCUUCUUAUACUAGGAGGUUGUUCUGGACCUAAUGUCGCAAUGGACGAUGCAUGGCUGUUGAAAAUGGAAGGCACAGCCUGGACAUGGAAGAAAGUAAACAUGCACAAUACAGAAUGGGCGCCAACCCGAAUUUGGUGUCAUCAAGCCUGUAAGGUGGGAAAUUAUGUUAUCGUUCUGAACAUAAAUAAAUGCCCGAAAAAAACGAACGAUACGAACGUAUGGCUAAAAAAAGUCGCUAGCCAAAGAACAGCUCCGCCAAGCACUUGUGAUUCUGCCCCUUUAAAUGAAAGACAAGGAAAUGUAUCUCGUGCCGAUAGAGAUGUAAAUGUUAAUGGUCGGCAUGGAUCGUUUUCAAGAAUCUCCGUGCAGAACGCACAUUCUUCAUCUCAUCCUCCUAGUUUUAUAAAAAGUUUAGCAUUGUGCAAUGAUAGCGUUUUAAGUAUGGCUGCCUUCCGCGACGAACCAGUGCGUAACGGUUCAAACAGCAAUCGGCAACGUCAAUUAGAAUCCCUCCGGAGAAUGGAAGAGAAAAUACGAAAUCGAAGGACGCAAUCGAAAGCCACGAAAAGAACUGGAAAUACACUGUCCAUAUUUGUAUUAGAUAUUACGAAUGUUUUGUGCGACGAAUGCUCCGCUUCGUGGAUUCCUUUAAAGCACAACAACCAAUCAGGUCCCGACGAGAGAAUUCUCUAUUCUCUAGUUGCCGGUCGAGGUGAACUGAUAGUAUUCGGUGGCAUUCGUAAGGAACAUACGUCUUUGCAAAAUCUCCCGGAUAUGGAUGAGUCAGAGGUCUACAACGAUCUUCAUUUUAUAAAUCCGCCACGAUACGUUAUUUAA